AUGCAGCGAGAAAUGCGGACUAUGUCUGCUCGUCUACGCCAGCUAGAAGCGUCCAGCCCGAAUUCCAUCAUGCCAGCCAAGACUAACACCCAAAAGGAGCUGAAUCGCAUUCUGAACGCACCAAAAUCGCCAACCUACGUGGGACCGACUAGUGUUGAAUUUGGUCUUCGGCACAAUCAGCCCUCGUCUCGCCUUCUGGCAAGUGCACAUGAUAGGGACGAGAGCGAGACCGCGCCUUUGUCAAAUUCAACAGAAAGAAGCCCCACCCCUCUGCCGACAGGGCCAAACUCGAGCAGCAGAGCUCAUCUUGGAUUCGAGGAGGCCUUACGCCUGCUGCAGGUGUACGAGGAUCUGGUGGGCGCGAUGUACCCAUGCGUAGAUAUGGACAGUGUCCGUGUCUACGUGCAAGACUACUAUGGCUCCCAUGAAAGUAUCACGACCAGUGUCGCUGACUGCCAAGGUUCAACUCCGGCAGAUCAGGAUUGGUUCUUUGCUCGGGAUAUUCAAGUAUUGAAACUCUUGCUUGCCACAGCUCUGUUGGCCGAGUCUCAUGGUCGCAGCGAACUUGCUGCUGCGCUUGCUGACAAUGUGGAGGAUCGAUUUGCGGCCAGAUAUAAAGUGGCGGAGGUGGAUAUGAAAGAGAUUCUAAUCAUGACACUUCUUUCAAUCUUUCAUUCUUACCGUGACGACGAAGUCAUUUCCUGGCGGCUGAUUCGCAAUGCAACGAGUGCGUGCAUGGAACUUGGUCUCCAUCGUCAGGAGACGUGGCAUCGAAACGGAGGUGUCUUUCCGGGUGAGCUUGCAUGGACCUGGGCAAAUCGGUUAUUUUGGUGCAUUUAUGUGCUUGAUCGAAAGUGGUCAUUUGGGAGCGGACUGCCUUUUGGAAUGCAGGAUACGGAUAUAGAUACAGAUAUCCCCGAGCCUGGGGAGUCGACACCGUACCUGAAUUGCCUGAUCUCGCACGCAAGGCUAAGUACCAAAAUCUGGGGCCUGAUCAUGGAAUGGCCUCGAUAUUCUCCCUCGACGACAGCCAUCAAAUGUACUGAACUUGACGACGAGGUCCAGCAGUGGAUUUGGUCUAUCCCGCACGAACUUCGUUUUCUUCCGAAUUUGUCAUUCGACUCACACGUCCCAACCGACCGCUCACGGCACUCUGAUCGGCUGAUGAUGCUGCAAGUUCUACUCGCUUUGCAAGGAAAUCAGCUUCGCAUCUUGGUAUACCGGCAGAACUUGCAAAGUAAGGAGCGUAUUGCGGGAGAUCUGGCCGGCGCGAGCAUUGCUGUGGAGACGGCGAAAAGCACCAUUCAUAUGCUGGAAUAUUUUAGCAGCGUGACAAACAUCUACUUUGAUCGCCCUGAGCCAUUCAACUAUUUUCUGAUUUCCGCCUUGGCUGCUCUCCUUUUAGCUGUCUUGCAUGCCCCCAGCCGCUUCAGUCACGUCUGUCGGCCGGAGUUCUAUACUGCAAUAAACCUCGUGCGUCGCUCUGCCACUCGUGCACGGACUUCCCGGCGAUUGCAAAAACUUCUUCGUCGGCUGGAGCAGAUUCAGUUGCACAAAGGAGGUGAUGAUCAUCAAGCUGUUACUCAAUCGCGUUCAAAAGAUUUUGUCUCUCGAAACUCGAACGGAUGUACAGUCGAGCAACGCCCUUCAGGUCCAGUUGCUGUGACAGGUCUGAGCGCUCCCCACGGCUCGUGGGAGCCUACACCUGAGUCUGCCCGGACAUCAACUUCAGUUGAGCACCCAACUUCCAACUACGAACGACCAAUGACUUCCUGGAAUACCUCAUCUGGGAUGGACAACGACUGCUCAAAUGUCUGCGAGAAUCUCAGUAGCUUUUUCAAGAACGCGGGAGAUCUAUUAUUUGAUAUCGACCCAACAACAAGCAUGGAGUUACCUAGCAGCUCGGAUGCUUCUCUCGCCAGAGGAGUCGAUGUCGGAUUCUUCUCGGUGCCUGUAAAUUUGCAGCCACCCAGCCAGGCCUUUGCCAAUUUCGAAGAUGACAAUGAAGAGCUGACUCGAGCCAUGGCUGGUCUCUUGUGA